AUGUCGGGCUACGCGCAACCGCGUUCGCUGCCAUUGGGGCCUACACUUCCUUUGCCUUUCGAAAAGGACUCUCCAUCGCAGCGACGAAUACCAGAGGCCCCGAUGCUCCCGGAGGCUUCACCUCUCGGGGGCUUGAUCUGUCCUUUAGGACCCAAUGCGUCGCCAACUCUCACGACGCCUCAGUGCGGCGACUCACCCAAAGGUUUUGGAGACGUCAGCAAGCAAAGCAAGCUAGGGGCCUUGAGUGACAUGAAUGAAUGGGCCUGGGAGAUGGGCAGUCAAUGCAGCGUGCCGUCUGCAUGGUCCAAGCCCAGCACUGUCCACAGCAGCAUCAGCAAGCUUAGCACUGCCACCGGUGAGGGUCUUAUCCCCGGCCUGGUGGAUGGCCAGAGGCUCUCUUCCGUCAAGCCCUGUGCUGUUCCUACCUCGGGUGGCAAGGUGGUCGUAAGCCUGCGCAAGGAGGUGCCUCAGGGCUUCUGGGACAGAUUGGGCAUCGUCCUUGUCAAUGGCCCUGUACAGAAAAAGCUGGUGCCGACAGGUGUCAAGAAGGGCAAGAAGCUGUGCGUGGAGGUUCCAGCUGGAAUGGAAUCUGGAGACUACGACGUGCGCUUGGCAUUUGGUGAGAAAAUCAUCCAUGGUGCCAUACCCCUGGCAGUGAGAGAUGGAGAUGAGGAGGAGGCAGACGAGGAUCUAGACGACUGA